AUGGAACUAUCAUCUUCGUCGGGAAACUCCAACCCACGACGCAGGCAUUCCAUGCACCAACGUCGUCGUCUUUCACCUCCGCCGACUGCGGAGUGGAAGGUCAACAAAGCUGACGGCAACGGCGGUGGUAGAAGUAUUUCCAUGCCACCAGGACCAGGACCAGAACCGAAACCAAAACCAAAGCCGGAGUCAGGCGCUCGUAAGCAGCAGCAUCAGGGGUUGACAGAGCCAUCGUUGCCCGUACCUCGAUUGCCGUCGCAACGACUAGAGAGACCUCGACUGCCACAAGCGCCACCACUGGAGAAGGGUCGACAACGAGGCAGGCCUCAAUUACCGACGCCUGGAUCACCAGAGAGCGCAUCUCAAAUACCGUGGCAAAACCAACAACCCAAUACACAUUCCACCAGCAGUGCCGUCAAAACGGAAGCUUCCACAGCGGCGAAAGAAAACGACGACGAGGAGAGAGAUGAUUCGGAGGAAGAUCCUGGAUCAUGGCCAAUCCGGGGAGAACAGCCAGUCCUACAGAAUGGUCAUCAACGGGGUCAUCAGUCCAACACGAAGAAGCCCAUCUCGUUGCCGCAAAGUCAAGAUAACUUCACCUCCGCACAGCGCAUCUCUACUGAUCAAGACUUGCAAGAGUCUUCAGUACUCGGCCAUCACCUUCCAAGCCUCCGCAAGCGUCUAGGAAGGUUGCAAGGCGAGACGGAUCGGCGCCGCACGGAGUCGGGAGAUACUGGUAGAGCAAAGCCGCCAACACCUUCAACAGCGAAGCCCCCGGUCAUUUCCCGGAAGCUCAAGAAGCUCGGCGUAAGAUUUGUGUGGUCGAUAGCCAUUGUUGUUGCUCUCCUUGCCAUUUCGCUUGGCAUUGUCUUGGGCGCGCCGCUCCAGUCUGCUCUCUUUGACAAGCACAAACCACCCACGCCCCCGAUUUACCGGACGACUGGGGACGUGCCGUGCCUGAAUACCACCAUUGCUCAUCGUUACGCAUGGGAGCAGAGCACCACCGAACUGGCGGCGCAAGUCAGCCGCCUGACCAGUGCGAUCGAAGCGAUUGCAGGCGAACCCAAGACUAGGACUUCCGAGGACGGUCCCGAAGACAGCUCCGAAGCAUCAGCCAGUGCUUUGCUGCUGGCCGAAUUCGCCCGUGGUAGCGUGUUGGGGAGGGUGCAGCAUCUCAGUGAGAUUGUGCUCAGAGACUGGCCAGCUCGGGUGUGCAGCAGUACCAGCGAGAAGAUCUGCUUUCCGUUCGGAGGAGAGGACACCGGAUCUCGAUUGGGAGAGGAGAAAAGCAGGCUGACAUUCCAAGUCGAGCAGUUGGGUGCGAUGCCAAACCACCCCGGCAGAGACUGGAUGGAGCGGGCGCACGCAUACCUUGUUGGCGUUGCACUCUACUGGCGCGAGUGGGCGCAGUUCGAUGCUGGCAUCCUAUCCCGCAGGUAUCCCAGCAGGUAUCCCAUCCUCUACCCGGCCUUUACCGAAUCUAUCGUCCACGCAACGAAUCGCAUCAUUAUAUCGUAUCCGCCAAUUCGCUGGUCCAGACGGCUGGUGGAGGUGCUGGACGAGCAGGGAGCCCUACUGAACGGCACCAUCACCUCCUCCUCUUCACAUUCCUGGUCAUCCUCCAGCAGAUUGCUGCGAGUACCUGUUACGGUGGACAGGAUCCAAUCUCUCCGCGGAGAGGCUCGUUAUAUUUUUCAGCUCGCGCAGGCUUCUCUCAGACUCAGUAACGGCGAGGACAAUGACGAGAACCGGCUGCGGGGUGUGAUUGAGGCGGCGGAGAGCAUGGUGGAAUGGUGCGACAGCGCCGGGCAGAGACUGGAGGCGUGGUCGGAAGGAUGGCAGUGGGCGUUUCUGGGGAAUGAGUCGAGGGUGAGCUUGUAUGAGAUGUUGGCGGAUGACGAGCGAUCGAGGUCGACGGAGGAGAUGGUAUGGACGUCGUGGGCGGCGGGCAGAGAGGAGAGGCGCGAGCUCAUGGCGUGGAUGGAUCAGGUGGAAGGCGUCGUCUGGGCAGGCGUCGAUGCACUCGACUCAUGA